CCAGCGUAGGAGCCUCCCAGGCCAGGACUUAGCCGUGAGUUUUGCCUCCGACGAGGGUGCGGAGAAAUCCGGGCGCCUGCGGCUCCGAGGGGCCCAGCAGGCUGAGAUUUCAACUGAAGCCUGAGCAUCCGUCAGCUGCCCCAGAUUCAGUGCAGUGUGUUCGGGAAGGGCCCUGCUUACUCAAAGCUCAUCCUGGUGGAUGAGCUCAUUGGUUGUGAAAUGUGCGCACAGGAGGCUUUCCAGGCGCAGAGGAGCCAGCUGGUGGAGCUGCUGGUCUCGGGGUCCCUGGAGGGCUUUGAGAGCAUCCUGGACUGGCUGCUGUCCUGGGAAGUUCUCUCCUGGGAGGACUAUGAAGGCCUCAGCCUCCUGGGCCAGCCCCUCUCCCACUUGGCCAGGCGUCUCCUGGACACUGUCUGGAAUAAGGGUGCCUGGGGCUGUGAACAACUCAUCGCGGCUGUGCAGGAGGCCCAGGCUGACAGUCAGUCCCCCAAGCUAUGUGACCACUGGGACCCCCACUCACCCCACCCGGCCCAGGACCUGCGGAGUCACCGGCCGGCCAUUGUCAGGAGACUCUACAGCCACGUGGAGGGUGUGCUGGACCUGGCAAAGGAGCGGGGUUUCAUCAGCCUGUAUGAGUGUGAUGAAAUCAGGCUGCCCAUCUUCACGUCAUCCCAGCGGGCCAGAAGGCUCCUUGACCUUGCCAUGGUGAAGGCGAAUGGGUUGGCCCCUUUCCUUCUACAACAUGUUGAGGAAUUACCAGUCCCGAAGGCCCUGCCUUUUGAAGAUGCCGCGUGUAAAAAGUACAUGUCCAAGCUGAGGACCACGGUCUCUGCUCAGUCACGCUUCCUGAGCACCUAUGAUGGGGCUGAGAGUCUUUGCCUAGAGGAAAUAUACACGGAGAAUGUUCUGGAGAUCCGGACGGAGGUGGGCAUGGCUGGACCCCCACAGAAUUGCCCUGCCACCCUGGGCCUGGAGGGGCUCUUCAGCUCCCACGGCCUCAACAAAGAUGCAGACACCGUGCUGGUGGUGGGCGAGGCGGGCAGCGGCAAGAGCACGCUCUUGCAGCAGCUGCACCUGCUGUGGGCUGCGGGGCGGGACUUCCAGGAUUUUCUCUUCGUCUUCCCAUUCAGCUGCCGGCAGCUGCAGUGUGUGGCAAAACCUCUGUCCAUGCAGGCGCUGCUCUUUGAACACUGCUGUUGGCCUGACCUUGGCCAACAGGACGUCUUCCAGUUCCUCCUUGAGCACCCCGACCGCGUCCUCUUAACCUUCGACGGCUUUGAUGAGUUCAAGUUCAGGUUCACGGAUCGUGAGCGUCACUGCUCUCCGACCCACCCCACGUCGGUCCAGAAUCUGCUCUUCAACCUUCUCCAGGGCAACCUGCUGAAGAAUGCCCGCAAGGUGUUGACCAGCCGUCCGGACGCAGUGUCGGCGUGCCUCCGGAAGUACGUGCGCAUGGAGCUCACGCUCAAGGGCUUCUCGGAAGAUGGCAUUGAAUUAUACCUGAGGAAGCGCCAUCGCGACCCAGGGGUGGCCGACCGCCUCAUCAGCCUACUCAAAGCGACCUCAGCCCUGCAUGGUUUGUGCCACCUUCCCGUCUUCUCGUGGAUGGUGUCCAAGUGCCACCAGGAACUGUUGCUGCAGGGUGGGGGGUCCCCCACGACCACCACAGAUAUGUACCUGCUGAUCCUGCAGCAUUUUCUGCAGCACACUUCGCCACCAGACUCCACCCCUCCCCAUCUGGGAGCCGGCCUGCUUCGAGGCAGGCUCCCCACGCUCCUGCACCUCGGCCGACUGGCUCUCUGGGGCCUGGGCAUGUGUUGCUACGUGUUCUCAGCCAAGCAGCUCCAGGCAGCACACGUGGACAGCGAGGACAUUUCUCUUGGCUUCCUGGUACGUGCCCAAAGGGCUGUGUCCGAGAGCACGGCGCCCCUGGAAUUCCUGCACAUCACUUUCCAGUGCUUUUUUGCUGCGCUCUACCUCGUGCUCAGUGCUGACAUGCCACCGUCCUCACUCAGAUACCUCUUCAACUGUCACCCGCCAGAGAGCUCGCUGCUGGCAAGGCUGCUGCCUGCACUGUGUGUGCCGGGCUCGCGGUGCAAGGAGGACAGCGUGGCAGUUUUGCUGCAGGAGGCUGAGCCGCACAACCUCCAGAUCACAGCGGCCUUCCUGGCAGGGCUGUUGUCCCAGGAGCACCGGAGCCUGCUGGCCGAGUGCCAGGCAUCUGAGAAGGCCCUGCUCCGGCGCCAGGACUGUGCCCGGAGGUGUCUAGCCCACAGCCUCCACAAGCACUUCCAGUCCAUCCCCCCAGCCGUGCCGGGUGAGGCCAAGAGCAUGCAUGCCAUGCCGGGGUUCGUCUGGCUCAUCCGGAGCCUGUAUGAGAUGCAGGAAGAGCGGCUGGCGCGGGAGGCUGUGCGCAGGCUGAACGUGGAGCAUCUCAAGCUGACGUUUUGCAGCGUGGGUCCUGCCGAGUGUGCCGCCCUGGCCUUCGUGCUACAGCACCUCCGGUGGCCUGUGGCCUUGCAGCUGGACCAUAACUCUGUGGGUGACAUCGGCGUGGAGCAGCUGCUGCCUUGCCUCGGCGUCUGCAAGGCUCUUUACCUGCGAGAUAAUAAUAUCUCAGAUCGGGGCAUCUGCAAGCUCAUCGAACACGCCCUUCACUGUGAGCAGCUGCAGAAGUUAGCUCUGUUCAACAACAAAUUGACCGACGGCUGUGCACACUCCAUGGCCAGGCUUCUCGAGUGCAGGCGGAACUUCUUGGCAUUGAGGCUGGGGAAUAACCACAUCACUGCCGUGGGAGCCCAGGUGCUGGCCCAGGGGCUCAGGGCCAACGCCUCCCUACAAUUCCUGGGGUUCUGGGGCAACAAGGUGGGUGACAAGGGGGCCCAGGCCUUGGCCGAAGCCUUGGGUGAUCACCAGAGCUUGAGGUGGCUCAGCCUGGUGGGGAACAACAUUGGCAGUGUGGGUGCUCAAGCCUUAGCAUUGAUGUUGGAAAAGAAUGUGGCACUGGAAGAACUCUGCCUGGAGGAGAACCAUCUCCAGGAUGAAGGUGUGUGUUCCCUCGCUGAAGGACUUAAGAGAAAUUCAAGUUUGAAAGUCCUGAAGCUGUCCAACAACUGCGUCACCUACCUUGGAGCAGAAGCCCUCCUGCAGGCCCUAGCAAGGAAUGACACCAUCCUGGAAGUCUGGCUCCGAGGAAACACUUUCUCUCCCGAGGAAAUUGAGAAGCUCAGCCACAGGGACACCAGACUCUUGCUUUGAUGUCUCCAGGCCAGCGUGCUCUCUGUUUGUGAGCAGGACGUGGGUUUGGACCCCAGAAGCUGGAUAACCUGUAGCAGCGGCCCGUCCUGCCCGAGCCCCGUCCUGCCCAGGGCACACUCAGUAGGUCACCUUGGUUCUGGCACAGGGAGGAGCAUUCAGUGCCCUUGGAAACUUCUGAAGUUUCCAAGGCCUACUUCUGCCAUCAAGUUCUUCCCUCGGUUCAAUCCAUGGGCUGUAGAAAAGGAGCAGCCCCUCUAUGUCAGGGGGCCGGCCUGCAGCUGAGGUGACGUGUCAGUGGGGCCCACGAAGAUUGCUGAGUGCCUGUUGGUGUAGAGACCUGAAUCCACGUGAAAGGCCUCUUCCCACUCCUCUCACAAUGAGAGGGGGUGAACAGGAAGAAACCUUCUGCCCCGUUUCAACCAUCCAGGCUGUUCCCACACUUGGUUCCUCUGUUCCUCCUGGCACUUCCUCUGUGGGUGAGGAUUGGGAAUAUCCGAAUAUCCGUGUUCUCAGCUUUAACUCUUCUUCUGAAGCUACCCUCUGCCUGCUCCCCAGGGUGGGAGGGCCUACAAUUUACCCUGUUCUCCUUUCUGGUACUGAAGACAAUAUUAGGAGGACACACGUGACAGCCAUUUAGUCCCUGAGAUAGUCUAGAUUCGCCCGACAAACAUGACCACCGACAGCUGGGAUCACACGUGGACUGUUACAUCCAGUGAAGUCAAUUACUCUUCAGUUAAGCCUCUGGAAACAGCUCCCCAUCCAAAUGCAGCUUUUAAAAAUUAAUCUGCAGCAGAAUUUUGAAUGGCCCUGCCAGGUUUCUGGUUGGUGCCCGUGAACUGGACUCUGACAGCAGAUUUCCAAUAUAUUCAUAAGAGACGGUUCCGUUUGUGUGUGUGUGUGUGUGUGCGCCAGAAUGCUUUAGGAUAUAAAGUUAUGGAUCAAAAGUUUACAGGGGCAAAAUCAAAGGCCCUUCCUUAUAAGGCAAAUGUUUUUCUGGAUUUGUCAAAAGGAUGCACGUUGUAGCCUUUGUAAACUGUCAGGGCUGUGCACGUGGUAUUAUUUUCAACAUUAUUAUUUGUGAAAACUGGUUAAUAUUUAUAAACUGCUUUGUUUUAUUCUCCUAAGUUUAUAUUUAUAUAAAGAAAACACCAUGACCCUACAUUUUAUGCUGUAAAUGAUCUCAGAGGAGAAAACUGUUGAGUCACCAAAGCUAUCCUUGUUGUGACCAAGCAUUUUUUAGUGUUCCUGCAACUUGUCAAAUA